AUGGCUCAACCAUGUCAUCCGGCGGAGCUUCCCAUGUCCCAUAGCGCCAACGCCCAGUACACUGCAACUCAAGAGUACAGCUCGGGGAAAUCCCACCUGCAGCCUUCAGUAUACACGUGGUCGACUCUCGAGGAUGUGAACUCACACCAUUGUGACUCUGAUAACCCUGCUGUGCAUCAAUUCCCAGAGGGGGAGUUUGUUCCGUCUGGUUUCUUUGACAAGGUCAACAUAAGUCUCUUCAAAAAUACAAACUCUCCAGGUGGCGAUUGGAGAUACGAGAAGCGCAGACAGGUCCAUCAAAUACUUCCCUUCCUACACCUGGGACCCUGGAGUUGCCUCGCGGACAGAGGUUGGCUUAAUCAGGAGGGAUUCACCCUGCUCCUAGGCAUCCGACAUAGUCGAUUGGCCAAGGCAGGUCUUCUCUCCGGCAGCAAGGCAGCCGCGGCGCUUGAUAUAAUGACAACUUCUGUUGAUUAUCGAGACAAUCAAGAACUCAUUGGCAUGCUUCCUAGUGUAAUUCGCUGCAUCAACGAACACAUCGCUUCCUCGGCUCCCCUUGGCCUGAGCCAGAGCACCGAGAAGAAGGUUCUCGUAUUUUGUGAAACAGGCAACCAUUCGUCGGCUGUGGUGGUGAUGGCCUAUUUGAUGGUGAUGCUCAAUAUCAGUCCAAUGAAGGCCAUGGACCUGGUCCAGUCGCAGCGAUUAAGCAUAAUCGUGGACGAGCCGGCGUCGCAGUUACUGUUGGCAUUUGAGGCCAUCAUCAUGGCCAAACGGGAUGUCGAAAGAGUGCGCCGAGCCAGCAUCUUGGAUACAUCGUCUUCCUCGAAGAAGCGAACCAAUAGCCAAGAUACCGAUGACAUGGAUAUUGAUGAGAUUGGGACUUUGGACCCGGAGAGAAAGCCGUUGGCACCGUUUCAGGAUCGUUCGGCCGACUGA